UGAAAUUUAUGAAAUCAAAUUUUGUGUUAAAUUUAUUUAAAAUCUAGUUUAUUUAAUUUUUUUUAUUUGUUAUACUUGAAAUAUUAAAAUAAUGUAUUAAUCUUAAUGAAAUAGAGAGAAUAAUUUAUUUCUAAUUUAUUUUUCAAAUGGAUUUUUAUCUAAAUUUUUAGUGGUCAGAGUAUACAGUCGUUAUUUCACAUGUUAAAGCUACAUACUACAUGACUGAAGAUCUUAAAUUCAAUAUAAGGCCAUCUAAAGGCCCUAAUAGAAGUCCUCAAGAAAUAGCUGAGUUCUAUAAGAAUUUUGAUGGAUGGCAAGAAAUACUUCCUAAGACGGAUAAUACUUAUUCUCCUGGUUCUAAAUACUAUAAAUAUGAAAUAUCUCCAGGCAUACCUUUCAUUCCUAAUAUGUCCAGAAGGCCUAUCAACAAAUAUGAUAAGUCUACUAUAAAAACUGAUUUGCAAGGAGACCAGACUGAUUAUUUUAAUUCAUCUAGUCACAUUAAAAGAAAUCUUUUUUCUAUAAAUAUCUCAAGACACACAGUAAAUAAAAAUUAUUCAAGUUUUUCAAAUCAUAGAGAAAUAUCAACAACUGUUCACAGUACUAAAUUGAAAUUUAUGAGUCUGAUCUCAAAAACUUUUAACACCUUCAUUCAAUCAUUGAUUUCAAUUUUAACAACUGUGUCUACAUUAAUUAAGUCCGGAAUGGAGCAUAGUUCAAAUUUAACACUUAUGAGCAUACGUAAAGUGACCAAUUGGGUUCACCUGGCUACAAUUAGCAUGGUACAUUAUGAUCUGAUUAUUAUUACAAAUUUAAGAAAGUUAUUUGGUCACUGCUUUGAAAUCAACAAACCUAACAAUUUUUUAAAGCCUAUAAUCCUUUCAUCAUUAAUAUUGGGAUUGAUUGCUGGAGUACUUCACCUCUAUUCACCUAUGGAUGUAAAUAUUUGGGAUAAAUCGAUGACAGAAUUCAUAUUAUCUCCAUUUUUAACAAUAUUUAAUUUAGUAAAAUCAAUUUGUCUUAUAUUAUCAUCUACAAUGUAUUUUGUUCUUGAAUUAUUUACUGUUGGUUUAGCUUCAUCAAUGGUAGCAAUAAAGAUUUUUGGGCAAACAUUUUUUAAUAUUUUUAAUAAUAUAAACACUGUUGUUGAUUCGGCAACUAAGUUUAAUUCUGUAAAACAAAAUCAUGAUUACUUAACAUUUGACUACAAUAUUUUGGCAAGACAAAUAUUAGCCACUGAAGAAUUCCAACGUUUAAUUAUUAACCAACUUAAUAUCACUAAAAUUGAUUUAAUUAGAAUUUAUGAUCAAGAAUUUCAAGAAACUAUUAAAAAUCAAAUAAAUGAAAUGAAUUCAGAAAAUUUAAAAUGGAUUAAUGAUCAACUUAAUCGGCAAAAAAAUAUUUUAAAAGAUAUGUAUGACAAAACGUCAGAACAAAAUAAACUUGAUAUAAAGAAUUUAGAAAUUAAAAUGUCUGAUUUACAAAAAAUUGUUGCAGAUGUUAUAAAUAAUUUUGAAGAACACAAAGCUGCAUCUAUGCCUUCACCAGUCAAUAUUGAGUCUUCACUUAAUUCAACAUGUACUAGAGAAAAUUGGUUUUCAAUUACUAAUUACAUUGAGAAAUAUGUUAAUAUGACUAUGAAAUCAACUUUAAAUAUUUAUGAUGCUGAUAAAACUGGUAGAGCUGAUUUUGCACUUGAAUCUGCUGGAGCUGUUGUUCUUGGUACUCGCUGUACAGUAACUAAAUCAUCAACAGCAGCUUUAACAAUGUUUGGAAUACCAUUAUGGUAUAUAUCAAAUGGUCCUAGAUUAGCAAUUCAGCCUGGUGUUUAUCCUGGACAAUGUUGGGCAUUUGUUGGUGCAAAAGGAUUUUUAGUAUUAAAAUUAUCCAAUACAAUUUUUAUUAAUGGUUUUACAAUAGAACAUUUACCCAAAUCACUUUCAGAAGAUGGUAGUAUCAAAUCAGCACCAAAAGAUUUUAGUGUGUGGGGGUUACAAAAUGAAUUAGACUCUAAUGGAACUUUAUUAGGAAGAAAUCAGUUUCGUGUAGAAGGGCCUAGUUUACAGUAUUUUAAAGCCUUACCAAAAAAAGAUCCUUUUUCUAUUGUAGAAUUAAGAAUUGAAUCAAAUCAUGGCCAUGAUGAAUACACUUGUCUUUAUCGUAUAAGAGUUCAUGGAGUAUUGGCUUAAUGGUACUUAAUUGAAUCCUCAUGUUUUCUUAUAAGUAUACUACUGAGAGCUUAUAAUUACUUAAAUUGUUACCAAUUAGCCUAUCCAUUAUAAUAUGUAUAAAUUUAAUCAGUCCAAAGAUCGGUAUAUUUAUUUAAAUUUUUAUACUAUUUUAUAAAAUGUCUAAUAAUUUGUUUUUGUUUAAUAAAUUUUGUAAUUUGUGUAUAAUUAUAUGUUUAGAAUUAUUUGCAUAAUGUUUUUUUAUACAAUUUAAUUAGUUUUGUUUUAAAUGUUCUAUUACUAUUAAUAUGUUUACAAAUAAAUUAUAUUUGCUUUACUAUUUAUCUUAGUUAAUUUUUGAAAAUUAGAUUUAGCAUUAAAUU